UUAGCCUUGCAAUUCUGUCUUCCUUGCAAUUCCAACCAAAUCCAGUUGCAGUUUUGGGAAUAUACUGGCUCUGAUUAAGGGAUUUCUGAAGGAGCCCAAUUAAGAAAGCUUGAAUCUGAAUCAGGUUUCCUUGUUCCUCAUUCUUAGAUAUGAAUUUCAGGAGCUUGGAGGAGUUUUGGCCCUUCUAUGUAAGUCAGCACUCUAAGCCUUCAACAAGACGUUGGCACUUUGUGGGAACACUAACAAGUAUGGUCUUUUUGCUAUGCUCACUUUUCUUCAGUUGGUGGUUUCUAUUCUUGGUGCCAUUAUUUGGGUAUGGAUGUGCUUGGUACAGCCAUUUUUUUGUUGAAGGGAAUGUCCCUGCGACUUUUGGUCAUCCUUUUUGGUCUCUUUGUUGUGAUUAUAAGAUGUUUGGAUUGAUGCUUACUGGAAACAUGGAUAGGGAGAUCAAGAGAUUGGGAAAGAGGCCCGUGUUGCAGGUCCUUUAAUCUCAAUAUAAGUUUUUCUGGCUUUUUUUUUCUUUUUUCAUAUUAUAGGAUGCUUUUUGGUGUCUUACCUUUAUGUAUGUUAUUUUGGUACAUGUGUCGAUACCUGUUUAUUAAACUUGCAUAUGAAUUCUUGAGUGGAAUAAAUUAAGGAGAUAUUUCUACUGUUAUAGUUAUCUUGAUUGACUGUUUUCAGCUCUUCUGCUGUUUCAAUACUGUAAUUGUUUGUCUUUCCUGGUAAAUUUUCUUAAUUUGUUCCUUAUUUCAGUUUAUUCAAUCCUUGGGUAAUAUUGGUUGAUUAUGGAUGUAUUAACUUGAUUUUUACCCAGGGUUUGGUUUGCUCUAGAAAUAUAAGCUUUGGUAAGACCACUUGUGAAACUUCAAGAGUAAUCAAUGGAAAUAACUGACUGAACUUAAAAGUUAUUGCAAUUUUGGUUUCUUAGUGCUUUGCGUCAAUCCUUUGUUUGCUUUCGAGGAUAAAAUUUACAUCUGAUUUAGACCAUAUUUGGUUUAAUAAUUGUCAAUUCAUGUUCAAUCAUACUUUUGUUCAAAAUUGAAGAAAUACGCUCUUAAAUUCUACUUAGGUGUAGAAAUCAGAUAUCUAUUUGGAUAUUAAGAUAUCUUUUUCCUUUCAGCCUUAUCCCAUUUCUAUAUUGGUUAUUUCUAUUACAUGAAAUUCGUACUUUUGAGCCAAACGUAGCUUAGCGAUAAUUAGUGUGAAGUCCGUCUAGUAGUACUGUCAAAGUGUCCAGGAAAAAGAUGCCAAUAAUACGACUUAUCCAAAUAUAUUGGGUUCCUCUUCAGUUCCUAGUUUUCAAUUAUUCAAUGUAUAGAUUAUGGACGUACUUUAUAUAUUUAGUGAAUAAAUGAACCAACUCCCCUCUCAUAACUUCAUUCCUCAACAAUGAAUGUAUUUAAAGAAGUGUGCCUACCUUAGCGGAGCAGAUGAAUACACGCCCACUAUGAUUCAACUAUGGGAUUCUAGGCUAUUGUGUUGUCAACAGAAAUUUUCCUUGCCAUUCUACUGUUAAGAAGGGUAUUUCAAGUUUCAAGCAGCUAAAGACGUACUGUAGCUAAACAGCACCAAAUAUGUAAUAACUUAAGGCGACAAUAACUUCUGUUGUAUCAUGUAGAUGAUGAGGCUUUUGUUUGCUACUAUCAAGCAAUCCACUUUUUACAGAACUCAAGGCGGCUGGGGAAACAUUCAAUCCAAAAUAUGUAAUAACUAAUUAAGAAGACAUAGAUUGUAAGGUAUAUUGUGACUCUGUCAUUGGGAGAGGUAAGAGCAUACAGAUCAGCUUGGUGUGAGAUAAACAGCACCAAAUACAAGGUACCUUUCCUUGUAGUAGAGUUUGAUCUUUGCCUAUUUGAUAGUUGCUGCUGCAUUACUCAGUUACUCAGCUUUGAUUGAAAUGAGAGUACGGUUUUUCCUGUU